UGAUCUACAUUUGAUACUAGUAGUAUUAAUAUAUGUGGGAUGAAUAAAGAUUUAUGAAAGAAUUGUUGUAAGCUAAGAAGAGAUAAUGGGGGGAUGUGUAUCAAGGCCAGAUAGUUGUGUAGGAGGUAAAUUGAGAGGUACAAAGAAGUUUAGAAGAAGAAGAAGAAGGAAAGCCAACAAGAAAAGAGUAUUAUCUUCUAAUUUGUAUGAUAGGUCACUUGACAAGAUUGAUGAGUCAUUCCCUUUGGAUAACUUCAACUUCAACAAUCCAACAUUUCAGGGAAGAAUUGAGGAGGCAUGGUUUGAUUCGGCUGCAAUAUUUGAUUCCGACUGCAGUGAUGAAGAUUUCCAGAGUGUUCCUGACGACACAAUUACUGCAGACGUGCUUUCUCUCAACAGCUUUGAGGGUGGACGGACUAGUGUAGCUUCUAUCAAAGAUACUAACCAUGAGGAACUAUUAAGCAAUAAUACUAGCAGCUCCGAAAGUUGCUCAGGUAGAACUGUAAAACCACCAGGCAGUUCGGUACAUCCAAAAGAAGUGGAUUCUCGAACAAACCUUGAUGGACCCCACAGUGAGAUCUCGUCCUCGGAAAAUGUAGGUAGUGAAAGGGAGGAUGGUUUGUUGGAGAACUGUGGAAUUCUUUCAAACAACUGUCUGCCCCGUCUUACCUCUACUGUUGUGCCAAUAGAGAAGAGAUCUCAUAGCUCUAGUCCUCCAAGUGCAAGGAAGAAAGCGGACCUAAAAAGUCCCUUCAAAUGGAAAGAAGGAAAUCCCUAUGCCACUCUACUAUCAUCUAAAACCGUCCUUGAAAGGCCCAUAGCUGGUAGCCAAGUACCAGUUAGCCCAUUGGAGAAGAAAUUGCCUGACAGUUGGUCUCGUAUUGAACCAAGUACCUUCAGGGUUCGGGGAGGAAACUAUUUUAGAGACAAAAAGAAAGAGUUUGCUGCAAAUCAUGCAGCAUAUUAUCCUUUUGGUGUUGAUGUAUUUUUAUCUCAAAGAAAGAUUGAUCAUAUUGCUCGACUUGUGGAACUUCCUGUCAUUGAACACUCUGAGACACUUCCAGCCAUUCUUGUAGUGAAUAUUCAGGUACCGUUAUAUCCUACUGCAAUUUUUCAGGGUGAAACUGAUGGUAAAGGAAUGAGUUUUGUCUUGUACUUUAAGCUUUCCGAAAGUUAUGCAAAGGAACUUCCUUCUCAUUUUCAAGAAAACAUCAGAAGGGUAAUGGAUGAUGAAGUGGAAAAAGUGAAGGCUUUUCCAGUAGAUGCUACUGUUCCCUAUAGGGAGCGGUUGAAGAUAUUAGGUCGUGUAGCAAAUCUGGAGGACCUUCGGUUAAGUGGAGCAGAGAGGAAGCUUAUGCAGGCCUACAAUGAAAAACCCGUUCUUUCACGUCCUCAACAUGAGUUCUACAAGGGAGAAACUUAUUUUGAGAUUGAUAUAGAUAUGCACAGAUUCAGUUACAUAUCUAGGAAGGGUUGUGAAACAUUCCUAGAUAGGCUAAAGCUCUGUUCCUUGGAUGUAGGCCUCACAAUUCAGGGUAACAAAACUGAAGAAUUGCCGGAGCAGAUCUUAUGUUGUAUACGGUUAAAUGAAAUCGACUAUGUGAAUUAUCAGCAACUGGGGUUAAAAAUUGAGUCCCUUGAAUAGGUGCACAAACAGUCCUGUACUCAACAGGAUAUGGCAAAUAAGUGAAGUUAUUGUUAGCUAGUUUUGUGUCCCUGCUGGUGGCUCCCUUUCCCCCAAAUUGUCAAAAUCUUCGGUGUCUCCAUUUAAAUGUGCUCUCUGGAGAUGCAAAUGGCAUAUCGAGUGAGCUCUAGAUAAUGCGUUUGAAUUUAUGGACAAGGCUGAGAAAAUAGUCAAUUGAGCGGGCCUUCCUCUUAGUUUCCAUGUUUCAUCAAGCAGUAGUCUCUUUAUUUUUAUUUUAACUUUUUUGCUGCAACUUAUUCUUUUAGUGCUUCCUUUCUGCAAUGUAAAUAUGCUCAAAAUCCAGAAGGUAAAGAGAUCUUGAUCCCCAACUAUCAUUAAAAUAUGGAGAAGAUAAAGUCAAAAAGUUGCAGUGGCAGUUAGAUCCUUUGUAUUAGGUUGUGUCAAGAAAACUAUGUGAAGAAGAAAAAAUAUUGAAGUUCAAGGA